AUGCUCACACGUGGAGAAGUUAAACUCGGCUUAUUAAUGACAAAAGGACAAUUAGAAGUUGAAGUUACUUCUGCUCGUAAUAUAUUAGGAAGUACAAAAGAUACCCCUCCAGAUACAUACAUAAAAACAUAUUUGAAAGAUAAUGAUAAAACAUUGCAAAAGAGAAAAACAAAAGUUGUUUCGCACAACAUAAAUCCGAUGUAUCGUCAAACGUUAAAAUAUUCCGCCUGUGAUGUUUUCGGACGGACUCUUAUGGUCAUGUUGUGGGAACGUCAAAAAGGUUUCGAUCACAAUCAGGGUUUGGGUGUUGCCGAAUUAGCUUUGGACAAAUUACAAUUAACGCAAUUAACCGUCGGAUGGUAUCCUUUGUUUCCAAUAAAAAAAAUUGAUUCCGACAGUUAUAAUUCUCCAUGA